GAGACGGUGCUUUGAGCCACCGGAGGAGGUGCUCGCCGCGGCUUUGCUGGAUUCGCUGGCUGCCUCUAACAUGCCGAGUAUUGUAGGUGCUGGUGGGAAACGGGCUCGGCCGGCAGCAGCUUGCGGUCGCCGCUGCCUCUCGCACGUUGCCAGCCGACCGCACAAGUUAUGAUGCCGGAAAAUGGAUAAGUCUUCGGGCGCGUCCGAUAUCAAAUGGAGCUCGGUGUCUUUACCGCUGGACGUUAUCGUUGGCAAAUUUCGGUUACCGACCCUGGCGCGGCUGAGCCAAGGAGAAUACAUUGAAGGAUUGACUGAGCAGGAUCUACUCUUAAUCCACUCAUGUAGACAGUGGACUACAGUGACAGCUCACAGCCUGGAAGAAGGCCACUAUGUGAUUGGACCAAAGAUCGAUAUCCCUUUACAAUACCUAGGAAAGUUUAAAUUGCUGGAGCAGGAUCGAGAUGUAAGGGAGCCUGUGCAGUACUUUAACAGUGUUGAGGAAGUGGCCAGUGUUUUUCCAGACCGUGUAUUUGUUAUGGAGGCGAUAACAUUCAGUGUAAAGGUGGUCUCUGGUGAAUUCAGCGAGGACAGUGAGGUUUAUAACUUUACACUGCACGCUGGUGAUGAGCUGACACUGAUGGGCCAGGCUGAGAUCCUCUGUGCCAAGACUGUGAAGGAAAAGUCCCGCUUUAAUACAAUAUUGCGGAAACUGGGCAAGGGCGGCACUUUGAACAAACAGGUCAAGGGCAAAAUGCCAUGCCUCAUCUGCAUGAACCACAGGACUAACGAAAGCCUUAGCCUGCCCUUCCAGUGCCGCGGAAAAUUCAGUACUCGCAGUCCCCUGGAGAUCCAAAUGCAGGAAGGAGAGCAUACGAUUCGCAGUAUUAUAGAAAAGGUCCGGCUACCAGUGAAUGUCACUGUUCCUUCUCGUUCACCGCACAAUUCUUAUGAUCUUCAUUGCAUCCGUGAAGGGCACCGUUAUAAGCUUGUCAGCAUCAUAUCAAGGACUGUAGUCUUGUGCUGCAUCAUUCGCAAGGAUGACAUUAUCCCAAUGCACUUUCUGCUGCUUUCUGAUAUGCCCAGGUUUGUGCUUCCUGAAGGACUAAUAAGGGGCAACCCCAUGUAUGAGAAGUUAGUCCAAGAAAUAACUUUGUUUAGCCAGGAGCAUUUCAAUGCCGAUGAGUACUCAAAGGCAGUUCGAGAGGUCAAGACAGACCUUAUGGAUGAUUGCACUAGUCCAAGGAGAAUCCGGGUUUGUUUGCAGGGAUACUCAGCCAAUUCGAUGAACUAUGCCCGAGAAGAGCUAACCCAGUCAUUUCAGAGGCUCUCCAUGUGUGCGUUCAGUGGUGCUUUGUUGCAUAGCAAUGGGGAAGUUACCUUUCAGGGUUGCCGUAAUUCUGUCGGGGAACAGCAACUAAUGCCUCAUGAAUUACUGACUCCGCCGGAGAUAGUUGAUGUGGAUGGAGAGUACAUGACUCCUGAUUGGGCAGAAAAUUAUUUUAGGACUCGAGAGCAACCAGAGAUUCCCUAUGAAGAAUUGUGGAGCAGUCAAGUACCAGAUAAUUCAAAAGAUUCCUGUGGCAGGUCAGCAGAAACUGAAAAUAAAACUCAACAGGGUUCUAUUUCUUUCUACUCUCACACUUCCUCGUCCUCACAUGAUGAUCCUGCUUUUUCAUCACAUUUGGCUAUUUUACAAAGAAGAGAGUCCAGCGUGCCAAGUCCACCUCCUGUGCCUCCAAAAUCAGAAGCUGUGAGUAUCAUAGCAACCGGAUCAAGUGUGAAAGAAGAAUGUCGACUUCUAAAUGCUCCCCCUAUUCCACCACGGGGUACUAUAGGCGUUCUGGCGCCUAGCCCACCGGUCCCCCCUCGGUUUGCAAAAGCACAGCUCCAGCAGGCCCAUUCACCAAGCCCUAGCCUGUCUUAUUACUCAUCUGGUCUUCAUGACAUGUCUGGAACGCGCAGUGACAGCUGUUCACCAUCUCCAGACUCAUACUCCCUUUACUGCUAUCCAUGCACGUGGGGUGACUGCAAGACUACGGAUUCUUCCAACCGCCCACUGUCGGGGAAUAUUUCAUCAAAUAUCCAGAAUGUACAGACUUCCUGGUCCGACCAAUGGGGAUAUUCAGACAGUGUUCAAAGUGUGAUCAGUGGGCGAUCCACACCGAAAUUAUCUGGAGAUACCACCUUCAGAAGUUAUUAUAGUUGUCCCCGAUUGAAGCCACCAAGUUCCCAGAAACGGUUUGCCCCUUUUGGGGCAUUGAAUCCAUUUGCCAACUCUACCUACUCGUCCAGUCCAUCAGCAACAGAUUGGUUGGAACCUUCUGAUUAUUACAAGUCUCCAUCUGUUACGUCGGAGCACUUUGAUUCAAUUGACCUUACUGUCAGCCGUAGUACCUCUCCUGAUCCAGCCUCUGGAGAUCCGAAGUACAAUCAGGAGUACAGGCACUGUGCACAGGAUUCACUGUACAAACAGUCUGAGAGCAUAUCGUAUCCCGUCCCACCACCACGGCCUCCGAAAGUCUGUGAUUCAGACAACAUCAUCAUCCGGAGUACAGCUUCUCUUUCUCCCACUGUUGUACGAGGUGCUGAGGGUGGUAUCACAAGGGUCUAUCUCACCCAGGGUGUUAUUGAAGUUCCUCCAGCAUCAUCAAGGAGUAAUGCAGAGAUAGCUGUCACCCUUCCUUCAUCUAAUACACCAGUUAUGCCCAGACUAAACGGUAGUGACCUGUACUGGCACCCACCGUCUGACUUAUCUACUCUUUCGAUGGAGGAAGUCUCCAAAUGCCUAAGAUUCAUUGGCCUUUCAGAGGAUGUGGUAACGUUCUUCAUCCGUGAGCGCAUCGAUGGAAAUAUUUUUGUUCAGUUGACUGAGGAGAUUUUAUCUGAUGAUUUUAAACUCACAAAACUACAAGUGAAAAAGAUCAUGCAGUUUAUCAAAGGCUGGAGGCCGAAGAUUUAACCUAAUUCCUUGUUUAGCUAAGUGGGUUAAGGUUUAACUCUUUAACUCAUAGGAGGACCUUCAGUUUUAAAGACUUUCUAUGAACAUCACUUCCAGAUGUUUAAAGUACAAAUUAUUUGUUGGCAGUUUAUGUAGUGCAGUGUGAAGUAUGUGUUAUUAAAUUGUAUCUUUUGUAGCUGACAUUGUACUCUUCGCUGUCCUUUGCCUUCAGAUUAAGUGCACAAUUUGGUAGGUGCAAAUAUGAGUUAAAGAGUUAAAUUAUUGCUGAACUGCGGUAAAUGCUGCCUUAUUGGAACUUGAAUAGUCUAGAUUAUGGAAACUUCAGCCUCUGUUUAUUCAAACUCCUCCUGUUUCCAUAAAUGUUUAAAAUGCUUCCACAAUGGAAUGCUGAAAUACAAUUUCCAUUUCUUUUAAUCAGUUAACUCCUACUGUUAGUGUUACUGAGGAUGAAUUAGAUUAAUGGUGGAUAAAUUCCUUCUAUCAUUGAACUAAUAAAACAGUGGGAUUCUAUUAAAGAAACAGUUUGUGUUACCUACAAUUUUUUUCUGCAUCUGUGGAUUCUACAGUCUCUCCCUAACGAACAAAAAAGGACAGCCUAGGAAAUUUAUCAUAGUUGUUGAAAUAUAUCUGGUAUAGCAUGUAGUUGUUAUUGAAAGCUAGAAGAAGAAGAAGAAAAGGGCACACACAUGUGAGAAUAGUGCAGUACUCUUUAUUGUAGUACAUUACAUAUGCCUAUAAUUUAGAACAUUGUUUAAGCCAGUAAUUUGAUCUAAAAAUGUACCAUACUAAACAC